AUGGAGAAACUUGAGGCUCUUGGAUGCAUAUGUCGUGCCCUUAUCGCCCUGGGGCAAGAUACUUGUUGUAAUAUUAAACGCCGCUCGACCUCAGGGAGCGUGCGAAGCCGUCCAAGACAGACACCAUCACUCCGUUCGCGCAGCUCUAUUGACUCGUGCUGUGCCGGAGAGGGGGCUGGUACGAGCUGUUGCUCUACAAAGAAGCCAGCCAACUUGAGCGAGAAACGCAAGGAUAUCCGGAACGCUCUAUCUAAGCCAAAGGCCCCGAGCGUCGCAGAAUCUUGUGCCGACUCUUGCUGCGCUGAGACGCGACCAGGUCCGUCCGUCAAAACAUCGACGGAAAUCGUUACCAACAUCGUUACCAACACAGCUCAUGAUGCUGAUGUUGAAAAGAGCCUAUCUCCCAACCACGAGAAGGAACAUGUGGUCCUGAGUAUUUCGGGUAUGACCUGUACCGGAUGCGAGACAAAGCUGGUCCGAAGUCUUGGUACUCUUCCAUCGGUCAAAAAUUUAAAGACCAGCUUAGUGCUUGCUCGCGCUGAGUUUGACCUAGUUGGCUCUAUCUCUGUGGCCGAGGUGACGAAGCAUCUUGAAAGAACCACUGAGUUCAAGUGCGAAAGAAUCACCAAUCAAGGCUCUAACCUUGAUAUCAUCGUUUGCGAUGGUGAUGCAGCUGCCUUUGUCAAUCAGCCCUGGCCUGACGGAGUUACUGAUGUAAAAGUCGUUGAUAACAAAACUGUCAAUGUUAGUUUUAACGCCGAGAUUAUUGGUGCAAGACAUUUGAUUGAGCGCGGCUGGGGUGACGUUCCAAUCCAGCUGGCGGCAUCUCGCCUCGAUCCAACUCUCGAGGCCGGCAGUAAGCAUGUUCGUCAUAUUGGCUACAUGACACUAUUCUCUGCCUGUCUCACCGUUCCGGUUCUGGUUAUGGCUUGGGCUCCUCUCCCCAAGCACGACCUGGAAUACAAUUCGGCAUCAUUGGCUUUAGCAACGCUCGUCCAAUUCAUAGUCGCUGGUCCAUUCUAUCCAAAGGCACUCAAAGCCCUCGUCUUUUCGAGGGUCAUUGAAAUGGACCUUCUCAUCGUUCUAAGUACUAGCGCAGCUUACAUCUUUUCUGUUGUCUCGUUUGGUUACUUGGCUUCUGGUCAGCCCCUAUCGACUGGUCAGUUUUUCGAGACCAGCACUCUCCUAGUGACACUCAUCAUGGUGGGCCGAUGGGUGGCUGCCAUGGCUCGCCAAAAAGCUGUGGAAUCCAUCUCAAUUCGAUCUCUUCAGAAUACCACAGCCCUCAUUGUGACUGACGAAGGAGAAAAGGAGGUUGAUGCCCGCCUCCUUCAGUAUGGAGACGUGUUCAAAGUUGUUCCUGAUUCUAGGAUUCCAACAGAUGGCACGGUGAUAUCUGGCAAUUCCGACGUAGACGAAUCUAUGAUGACUGGAGAGUCGAUGCCGGUCGCGAAGCAUACUGCAUCCCCAGUAAUCGCCGGAUCUCUCAAUGGCUCGGGUACGCUCUACAUUCGGUUGACGCGACUUCCUGGCGAUAAUACUAUCAGUACUAUCGCUGGUAUGGUGGAUGAAGCAAAGUUAUCAAAGCCACGGAUUCAAGCAAUAGCCGAUCGUGUUGCAAGCUAUUUCGUACCCACUGUAGUCGUUAUGACGAUUGCUGUCUUCUGUAUCUGGGUCGCCAUUGGGAUCAAGAUACGCAGCCUCUCUGGAAGCGAGGCUACGAUCCAGGCAAUCACCUAUGCGAUCACAGUUCUGAUAGUGUCCUGCCCUUGUGCCAUUGGCCUAGCAGUGCCAAUGGUUGUCGUCAUUGCUAGCGGCGUAGCCGCCGAACGGGGCGUUGUGUUCAAAUCCGCAGAAGGCCUCGAAGUUGCUUAUAAGACGUCACACGUUGUCUUUGACAAGACUGGUACCAUUACAGAAGGCAAGUUGACAGUGGCCCAGGAAUGGUAUGCCGAUGGCGGCCAGAGUACUACAAAGUCUCUCCUCCUUGGCCUUGUUGAUAGCAUCAAGCAUCCGGUGUCUGCUGCAAUGACAUUGCAUCUAAAAAAUCAGGGCACACUACCUGUGUCGGUAUUAAAUGCAAAAGCUUUGACGGGGAAAGGCGUUGAAGGCAUUGCAGAGGGAUCUGGAUUGACUCUCCAGGGAGGUAACUCUCGCUGGCUUCAUCUCGAGUCCAGUCCAGUUCUACAGUCAAUGCUCUUGCAUGGGUACACAGUUUUUGGCUUCACGAUCGACGGUUCAGUUGCUGCAGUUUUUGGCCUCCAAGAUUCGAUUCGACCCGAUGCUACUUCUACGGUUCAAACUCUGCUCGAUCGUGGUAUAACAGUCCACAUCAUUUCAGGAGAUGACGAUGGUGCUGUGAAAUCUGUUGCCGCCCGGUUAAACAUUGACGAGGCCAAUGUUCGUUCCCGCUGCACCCCUGCUGACAAACAAGCAUAUAUCCAGAACCUUCUCCAACGUCCCAUCUCCUCUGAUCAAACCAACAAGGUCGACAAAUCCAAGAAGCCUGUCGUCAUCUUCUGUGGCGAUGGAACCAACGAUGCAGUUGCCCUCGCCCAGGCUACCAUUGGUGUUCAUAUGAACGAAGAGGGCACCGAUGUUGCCAAAUCGGCAGCCGAUGUUGUCCUUAUGCGUCCUAACCUUGCCGGCAUCCUCACUGUCAUUGCAGUCAGCCGAAAGGCGAUGCGAAGAAUCGUCUUCAACUUUGGCUGGAGCUUUGUGUAUAACCUGUUUGCCAUCCUGCUCGCCGCGGGGGCGUUUGUCAACGCAAGGAUCCCCCCUGAAUACGCCGGCUUGGGCGAGCUUGUCAGUGUCUUGCCUGUUAUUGCUGCAGCCACGCUACUGAGAUGGUCCAGUAUCCAGUCAAGUAGCUACUCGUGA